AUGUUCUUCCGUCGCUUUGUAGUUGCUGCCUCGGCCGCGGCCACUGCCGCGGCCACCCCAGUCGCCGACUCGCAGGCCAAUACCUUCGGCGUCAUUGCCAUCCACUCGGGCAGUGGGGUGCAGAACGCCGCCUUCAACGCAGCCAAGAGUAGCCUGUUCGCCGGUCUCCCCAACCAGAACGCCAGCUGUGCUCGUCCCGACGAACAGUUUGCCACAUUCUACAUCCAGGACGGCUCCCUGUUUCUGUACGACGCCUCCGCUACUCCCCAGGAGAUCUUCGUCGACCGUUCCGGCAUGGGCCAGGGCAAGAUCGGCUACACUACCGGUGCGCAGCAGACUCCCCGCAAUUCCGAGCGCAAGGGUUGGGCCAUUAAGGACGGCCACCUGGAGUUCGACGGCAAGAGCCUGAUCGCCUGCCCUAACAGCAUCGACGGUGCUUAUAGCAUCUGGGUAUCCGUCGGUAUUGAGAACCCCGGAUACAAUAAGGACUGCAUCGGCAUUGCUGGACGCGUCGAGCCCACCUCCAACCCCAAUGGCUGCCGCUACACCGAGUAA